AGGCAGGUCGGCAACGUCGCACGCGGCGUCACGCCCCUCGCCCGAAUGCCCAGCCGACACGCAGACAGAGGACACGGAGUCCCAACGCACCGCGGCGCCGCCAGCCACGGCGCUCGCUUCCCGUCGGCACCUUCCGGGCCUCGGACUUGUCGUCCUUAUCUCAAAUUCUCUGUCGCUUUUUUUUAUAGUUGAAAUUCUGUCUCGCUUUUAAUCCCUUCUUUUCUUUUCUUUGCUGUGCGACGGACGAUGAUGUGUAUGGCAUGCACGGCCCCUCUGACGGCGACGUGUGUGUGUACGCAAUCUCAUUCUGAAACCGGCUGCGGCUUUCGAUUCGCGUCGGACAACACAAGAGCAUCAGCAUCACGCGCCCAUCGCUUGCUCGCCUUUCCCCUCCCUCUCCCCCCUCGGCUUCCCCUCGGCUCCAGCAAAACUCCUCCAGUCCAGACUACCCCCGGUGAGCGCCCGCCCUUCCCCUCUUCCCCGACCUCCCUUCCCUUCUCCGUGCGUUCGCGGCUGCUUUGCCCUAGCUGGCUGGCUGGCGGCCCACGAAAUUCUUGGACAGAGAUUAGCAGAUUUCCCGGUCCCGGCCGGGGAAGAUAAGGAUAGUCUCCUUCGGCGAGGUUGGAAUUAGGCCCCACUGAGCGCCAACAGCCAUGAGUUGCGGGAGAUCUGAAAACACUACCAGAAAAUGCAGGACGCGUUCAACACCUGGUGAAACGAUAUAUCUACAUACUGCAGAUGCUAAAAAGAUCACCCACUACCAAGCUAAUCUACCAACAACAAUGGAUCGCGAUAUCGGCGCCUACCCUGUGAAGCACCACUUUCCGUCUCCUAUAGUUUCUUGGAUAGAAGACCUUUCUAGCUUUGGCGAUGUUCCUUUUAGUCAUGAUACUGAAUACGUGGAUGAUCAAUCAACACCUUCAUUUGGGCAGUCUUCUGCAUCUAGCAAUUUGCAUGACAUGCAAAUAUCAGUGAGAUUGACAGACGAAUUCAUGGAACUUGCAAAGGAGAAUACAAGCAAUAAUCUAGAGACCUGUGGAAUUCUUGGUGCUUCAUUUAGGGAUGGAACUUAUUAUGUGACAACAUUGAUCAUUCCAAAGCAAGAAGGAACUGCUCACUCAUGUCAAGCUUCUAACGAGGAGGAGAUACACGCCGUAUUAUCAGAGCAGUCACUUUACCCUGCAGGGUGGAUACAUACUCACCCUUCACAAACAUGCUUUCUAUCGUCGAUCGAUUUGCACACUCAGUUCUCUUAUCAGGUCAUGCUACCAGAAGCUGUUGCGAUUGUUGCUGCUCCCACCGAUCCUACUAGGAGCUAUGGUAUAUUCAGGUUGACAGAUCCAGGAGGCAUGGAUGUGCUCAGGGAGUGCAGUGAGAGUGGGUUCCAUACUCACCGAGAGACAACAGAUGGCAGUCCAAUAUAUGAAACCUGCUCCAACGUGCAUUUCAAACCUAAUUUGCGGUUUGAGAUUGUCGAUCUGCGUUCUGGUGCGUGACCAAUCAGGCACACCCUCAGGAUAGACCAGCCAACGUGCAUAUGUAAGUAUGUGACACAUGUGCCAUAGAUGAUGAUAGAUCUUACUGGUGACUGUUAGUCAGCUUGAUGGGCGUGUUAAAAAAUGGUGUUACCAACCUAUGAUGUCAACUAGCUCUGAACUGUUUUGUUGUAACCA